ACCAAGUGCUUGGCGGUCGGCGGUGGAGCAGCAAAGGCAGCCGGAUCUGGAGAUUCCGGCGACAACGGCGGCGCUGUACGGACGGCGAUGCCUCUACAACCAUCCCGUCUGACAGACAGGUACGCGUGGAACUGUGUUUUUCUAAACCACAGUGCAAUGCCUUUCUUUUGAUGGACAUGUAGAAGUGAGUAUCAACUUCCUUGAUUUCUACUCUGGUUCAGAUUAUAUAGUUUCUCUCUGAUCUUAGUUCUUGUCGACCAAGUGAUCUAUACUCCCUCCGUACUCAUAAAGGAAGUCGUUUUGGACAGCAUCACGGUCUCCAAAACGCAACUUUGAUUUUCUUGUUUCUAUAAAAAUAUUUAUUGAAAAGUGAUAUAUGUAUACUUUUAUGAAAGUAUUUUUCAAGACAAAUCUAUUCAUAUAAUUUUUACUUUUCAAACUCAACAACUUAAGAGUUAUUCAUGAUUUAUAUUCCCAAGGUUUGGCUUAAACAUUGUCCUAAACAACUUCCUUUACGAGUAUGGAGGGAGUAUAACAGAAGGCCAUAGCGUUGUCUAGUGUGCAGACUGGUCAAUUAGAAACACACAUGCUUUUGAAACUUGAUGAGAAAUCUAUGGCCCUGAACCAAAUCUCUAGAAUUUUCUUACUUCUUUGGUUGUCUUCGCUGCAUGGUCAAUCUUGUAUAAUUAUACAAAAGCAAAUUGAAAGAAAAACAAAACCUCUAAUUCAAUAGGUUGACGCCAAAAAUUUGAUCUAAGUUUCAGAAAAAUUCUACAUACGUGUGGAAUUGGUUUAUGUAAACCACAGUGCAAUUCUAGCAUGUGGCUCAGUGACUGCCUUAGUUUGUGCUCCGCUUCAGAUUAUAUAGUUCCUCUCCAGUCUCAGUUCUUGUCAACCUAUUGUCGAGAGAUCUUCAAAAAUAUUAGAUUGCAUAAUUACAGAUGGAGACAUUUUUGUCUGCAAUUCUGAGUGAUCUUGCCACUAGAUCCUUAUCUUUCCUGAUCAACAAGUGCUCAAAACCGACAUCACCAACCAUGGAGGAGAAACUGCAACGGCUCCUUCUUCGGGUCCAGAUCAUCUUGGAGGAGGCAGAGGACCGACAUAUCGCAAACCAAGCCAUGCUGCAGCAACUGAACAUACUGAGGAAGGAGAUGUACAGAGGGUAUUACAUCCUGGACAAAUUCAGAUACCAUGACCGUGAAGAAGAAAAUACCAAAGAUCACCAAGUGAGUAACUCUUUCGCACCAUCCAAGUUCAAUCCUGCCAAGCGCAUUCGGUUCUGCAGGACAAGUGGCCAGAGUUUACAACAGCAGCUGCAGCAAGUUCUUGCCAGCCUUGAAGCCACCAUUGAAGAUACCAGUGAAUUUUUCAUGUUCCUGAACAGUUAUCCACGCUUGAACCGUCAGCCAUAUAGCACGCACUUGGUCUUAGACAAGUGCUUGUUUAAUCGCCAGAUGGAGAUGGAGCACAUCAUGAACUUCCUGCUUAAAGACAAUACAAGUAGUAAUCAAAAUCCAGGUGUCUUGCCAAUCAUCGGUCCAAGCAAUGUUGGGAAGAGCACGCUGAUUGAGCAUGCCUGCAAUGAUGAAAGGGUGCGUAACCACUUCUUUCAAAUUGUGUGUUUCAGUGUUGAUGAUCUUGAAGAUGCAAACAUGGUGACUCUUCGAAAUUGUGGUGUAAUCAAGCAUCAAAACCAUGCAACUGGUGGAGAAAGGAUACUAAUCAUAGUCGAACUAAUCAGAGACAUCAAUGAGGGGGCAUGGAGAAGAUUGUACUCAGCUUCCAAAACUUGUGCCGCAAAUGGCAGUAAAAUUAUAGUCGCAAGCCGAUCUGAUAGUAUUUCAAGCUUUGGAACAACACAUGCUCUGAGAGUAAAAUUCUUUACUCAAGAAGCUUAUUGGUACUUUUUCAAGGUGCGUACAUUUGGAAGCAUGGAUGCAGCGGAGCACCCAAAGCUGGAAUCAAUAGCCGUGGAUAUGGCCAUGGAAUUGAAUGGGUGCUUCAUGGGUUCAAAUGUUUACAGUGUACUUCUUAGAGAAAAUUUCAAUGAUAAGUUUUGGAGCAUGGCCCUGGCAAGAAUCAGAGAAUUCAGGAAGCUGAAUCUCUUACUCUGCGGUACAAGUAAUUUUGACGAUCCUUGGCAGGGUGUUGGACCUGCAUACGUUAGGAGGGUAAACAAAAUUUGCUCCGGAAAUCAUGUGAUUCAUGAGGACUAUAAAGUAUGUUCUAUUCAGAACAUGAUUCAUUGUCACACAAACUCUGCUCACAGUGAAGAUGAUGUUCCCAUGGUGAGUUUGCAAAAUUUUCUCUUCGGAAGUGUUAAACCGCAAGGAAAAUUCAAUGUUCUCGCAUGGAGGUCUCACCUUCCACCUCACUACAACUACAUUUUCAACUGUGAGGUACGGAGGUCACAUCAUUUGAUCUCCAGGAAGAAGAGAUCUCAGAAGCUUUCCACCUGACCAUCUCAGAUGCUGAUGCAGGGGAGCGUUGCCAUGUUGGGCCAAAGCAAAAUGAGCAUUGUCAUUACAGAGUGCAUGCAUGAUAGUCUCUGAUUGCAAGCACAUGAUUGGUUCAUAGGAAAUUAUCUGAUAAUUGUAUAGGAAAUUGUCUUGCCUACUCCCUCUGUUCAAAACAAGACAACUGGAUUUGAACAUGCAGAGGGAGUAUGUGUGGUAUAACUAGUUUGUAAAUAAUUGUAUAGGAAAUUAUCUGAUACUCUCUUUUUUUUUUGAAAAAAAUGUCACAUAGAAUUAAAUGAUUAUAAUACAUUUGUCUAUGCCAAGUUAAUUAAAUCCCUACAAGUUAAUAGUGAUGAAAUCGAAAUUGCAAAUAAGGAGUUUAUGUUUUACACUUUUGUUCUGGUUAUUACAGUAGGCCAUGCUAAGACUUUGUUCUUAAAAUUAACAUCCCCAUUUUGGAAGCGUUCUCCUUUCACAAAAUUUUCACGAGUGAAGGUGCCUCUGCCUCCUGGAAUUAGGUUGGAGGGACUUUUGGUUUAAGCAAUCUCUCAAGUCUCUAAAAAAUAAAACUGAUAUUGACUAACUAGCCUAUUCAAUCAUGUCCAUAUUUUUUUCUGGUUGCAUACUAUUCCUGAAAACGAUAGCGUUCACAAUUUUUCAAUCCCAUAAAUAAUGGAUGCAUUUUCAUUGGUCUUCUAGUCAAACAAGUUGGCAUAAAAAACACGUUACCAAACUACAACACUUGGCAUUACAUGAUUCCUCUCAACCUCCUUAUCUAUCCAUUGAGUAGUAUCUGCAAAGUCUUGAUGGGGAAAAGAAAAAUUGGUUUCAUUCCCAGAAUGAAUACUCUCUUGUCUGCAAUCCUAGGAGAGCUUGCAGGUAGAUCCUUCUCCUUCUUGAUAGACAGAUGCUACUCCAAACUGCCAUUGCUGUCCAACGAGGAGAAGAUUCAGAGACUCGAAAGGAUGCUGCACCGGCUCGCUGCUGCCAUCGAAGAGGCCGAUGGGAGGAGAAUCUUGAACCAUGGAAUGCUUCGACAUAUCAACAUUCUGAGACAAGACAUGUACAGAGGGUACUACAUUCUUGACUCCUUCAGAUUCCCUGAAGCCCACGAGGAGGAGAUCAUGAGCGAAAACAAUGACAAAGUGAGUUACUCUUUAGCUCUGUCUAAAUUCAACUCUGCCAAGCGUGCUCGAAUCCCUAUUGGUACUAGACGGCAUGGAGAUAGAGGAGAGCUUGAGCAGGUUAUUGACAACCUAGAGAUCGCCAUGGCUGACAUGGUUGAGUUUUUUCUGCUUUUGAACAACUACCCUUCCAUUCAUCGUCAGCCAUACAACAGUUACCUGUUCAUGGACAAGUGCAUGUUUGGGCGUCAAAUGGAGAUGGAGCAUAUCAUCAAUUUCUUGUUGCGUCCUGAACCUCCAAACACGCUAAGUGUUGAUAACCUUGGUGUCCUGCCGAUCAUUGGUCCAGCCAAAGUUGGGAAGAGCACACUUGUCAAGCAUGUUUGCGGCGAUGAGAGGGUGUGCAACCACUUCUCUCGCAUCCUUUUUCUUACUGAGGGCGAUUUUAGAGAGGAAAAAUCAUUGCUUACACUAAGGGAUUCAGGAGAGAUAAGGCAUAUGCACACAUCAUCAUCGGUUUCAAGUGGAGGAGAAAGAUUGUUAGUCAUCAUUGAGUUAGCUGAGGAUGUUGCUGAUGAUAAAUGGACAAUGAUGUGCGCUUCUUUGCGAAGUUGCAUUUCAGCUGGAAGUAAAAUCAUAAUCACAAGCCGGUUAGAGAAGAUCGCAAAGCUUGGAACAACACAACCUCUACGUCUGAAGUUUUUGUCGCGAGAAGCUUACUGGUACUUCUUUAAGGUGCUCGCAUUCGGAAGCUCAGAUCCUAAAGAACACCCUGAGUUAGCAUCUGUAUCAAUGAUGAUGUUCAAUGUCUACUUUGAUCAUGAAUUGUACAAGAAUUUCACUGGACCAUUCAUGGACCUAAAUAUCAUGGCCAGCUUGAUCCAAGCUACAUUUUAUGAGGGCAACUGGCUCAGCCUCCAUGCACACACCAGGAGUUAUUUUCUGCUUAGGAGAGGUUUAGGUGAUGAUUUUGAGUUGAAGACGAAGUGCGUGCCUAUUCCCAAGAAAAAUACAGUUGUGCAACAGUAUUGUGUAAUUUCCGACUAUUGCCGAGUAGGGGUUGCUCAUGAAGAAGAUCAGAAGGUUCCCAAAAUUGACAUGCAAGAUGUCUUGUCAGGGAGAGUUGCACCUGAUGGGAGAUUUGAUGUUGUGCUAUGGAGAUCUCACCUGCCGCCAUAUUACAGCUACAUAUAUAGCUGUGAGAUCCAUGAGUACAGGCCUGUAUUAGCUACCUGCAAGAUGGAACUCCGGCAAAAGAGGAAAAAAAUUAGAUUGAACUAGAUGGUUUUCCAUAUGUAUAAAUGAUAAAGAGUCUGUCCUAUUUUAUCACUGAAUUCAGCUGUAUGAUUAACACUAGAUUCAUCUUUUUAUGC